UGACGGCGGGGUGGUAUGGGCAGCUGGAUGGCCUUGGGCCUGGCUGGGAGUGCUCCCUGUGGACAGUGGUGGGGGCCGACCCCGGAUGCUGGGGCAGGGCUCUCAGCCCUCCUGGUUGCCCUCCGAGCUCCCCGUCCCCAACCCGGAAAAGGCUACCCGUGGGUGGCUGGGCGAGGCCUGUGGCACCUGCCGGGGCCUCACCACGCUCUCCCCACAGCCCUGAACGCCGCGCACAAUGGGCAGGUGUGCAGCACCUGGGGCGACUUCCACUAUAAGACCUUCGACGGGGACGUCUUCCGCUUCCCGGGCCUGUGCAACUACGUCCUCUCCAUGCACUGCGGGGCCGCCUACGAGGACUUCAACAUCCAGGUCCGCCGCGGCCUGGCCGGCUCCAGGCCUACCAUCACCCACAUCAUCCUCAAGACCCAAGGGCUGGUGCUGGAGGCCUCCAACAGCUCGAUCCUCAUCAACGGGCAGCGGGAGGAGCUGCCCUACAGCCGCGCUGGCGUCCUGGUAGAGGAGAGCAGUGUCUACAUCAAGGUUGAUGUCCGGCUGGUGCUAACCUUCCUGUGGAACAGAGAGGAAGCUGCCCUGCUGGAGCUGGACCCCAAGUACGCCAACCAGACGUGUGGUCUGUGUGGGGACUUCAACGGACUCCGGGCCGUCAACGAGUUCUAUGCCCAUAACGCCAGGCUGACCCCUCUUCAGUUUGGAAAUCUCCAGAAGCUGGAUGGGCCCACAGAGCAAUGCCAGGACCCCCUACCUUCCCCCGCCAACAACUGCACGGAUAGGGAGGGCAUCUGCCACCGCACCCUGUUGGGCCCGGCCUUCUCGGAGUGCAACACGCUGGUGGACCCUGCCGUGUACGUGGCCGCCUGCACCCAGGAUCUGUGCCGCUGCCCGGACUGCCCGUGUGCCACCUUCGCCGAGUACUCCCGCCAGUGUGCCCAUGCAGGGGGACAGCCCCAGAACUGGAGGGGCCCUGACCUCUGCCCCUGGACCUGCCCCCUCAACACACAGCAGCGGGAAUGCGGCUCGCCCUGCACGGACACCUGCUCCAACCCAGAGCGCUCCCAGCUCUGCGAGGACCACUGUGUGGAUGGCUGCUUCUGCCCCCCAGGCACGGUGCUGGAUGACGUCACCCACACGGGCUGCCUGCCCCUAGAACAGUGUCCAUGCACCCACGGCGGCCACACCUACGCCCCGGGGGCCUCCUUCACCACCAGCUGCAGCUCCUGCACCUGCUCUGGGGGGCUGUGGCAAUGCCAGAACCUUCCGUGCCCUGGCACCUGCUCCGUCCAGGGCGGGUCCCACAUCUCCACCUACGAUGAGAGACUCUACGAUGUGCAUGGGGACUGCAGCUACGUCCUGUCCAAGAAAUGUGCAGGCAACGGCUUCACUGUGCUGGCCGAGCUGCGGAAAUGUGGCCUGACGGACAACGAGAACUGCCUCAAAAUGGUGACGCUCAGCGUGAACGGCGGGGACACGAUCAUCCAGAUCCAGGCCAGCGGUGGGGUAUUCAUGAACUCCGUGCACACGCGGCUGCCCGUGUCAGCAGCCAACAUCACCAUCUUCAGGCCUACGUCCUUCUUCGUCCUGGUGCACACGGGCCUCGGGCUGCAGCUGCAGGUUCAACUGGUGCCCCUCAUGCAGGUGUUCCUCAGGCUGGACCCCUCCUAUCACGGACAGAUGUGCGGCCUGUGCGGGAACUUCAACCAGAACCAGGCCGAUGACUUCCGGACCCUCAGCGGCGUGGUGGAGGGCACGGCCGCCGCCUUCGCCAAUACCUGGAAGACCCAGGCCGCCUGCCCCAACGUCAAGAACAGCUUCGAGGACCCCUGCUCCCUCAGCGUGGAGAACGAGAACUACGCCCAGCACUGGUGCUCCCUGCUGACCGACCCUGCCGGAGCCUUCUCGCCCUGUCACUCUGUCCUCAACCCUGCACCCUUCCACUCGCACUGCAUGUUCGACACAUGUAACUGUCAGAAGAGCGAGGACUGUCUGUGUGCGGCCCUGUCCUCCUACGUGCACGCCUGUGCCGCCAAGGGGGUGCUGCUCAGAGGCUGGAGGGACGGCGUGUGCGCCAAGUAUGUGAGCAGCUGCCCCAAGUCCCAGAACUACAGCUAUGUGGUGGCCAGCUGCCAGCCCACCUGCCGCGCUCUGAGCCAGGUCGACGUCACCUGCGGCGUCACCUUCGUGCCUGUGGACGGCUGCAUCUGCCCCUCGGGCACCUUCCUGGAUGACUCGGGUGCCUGUGUGUCCGCUGAGGCCUGUCCCUGCUACUUCCGUGGCUCUGCAGUGGCCCCGGGGGAGGUGGUGCAUGACGACAGCGUGGUGUGCUCGUGCGUGGGUGGGAAGCUGAGUUGCCUGGGAGCAGCGGAGCACAGGAGCUCAGGGUGCGCGGCCCCCAUGGUGUACCUGGACUGCCGCAACGUCUCCGCCGGCGCGCCCGGGGCCGAGUGUCUCAGGAGCUGCCACACGCUGGACGUGGACUGUUUCAGCACUCACUGCGUGUCCGGCUGCGUCUGCCCCCCGGGGCUGGUGUCGGACGGGAGCGGAGGCUGCGUGGCGGAGGAGGACUGUCCUUGUCUGCACAACGAGGCCGCCUACAAGCCCGGGGAGACCAUCAGGGUCGACUGUAACACCUGCACGUGCAGGAGCCGCAGGUGGGAAUGCAGCAGCAAGGCCUGCCUGGGCACCUGCGUGGCCUACGGGGACGGCCACUUCAUCACCUUCGAUGGCGAGCGCUACAGCUUUGAAGGAAGUUGCGAGUACACGCUGGCGCAGGACUACUGUGGGGGCAAUGGCACCGGCACCACAAAUGGGACUUUCCGCGUCGUCACCGAAAACGUCCCCUGUGGGACCACGGGUGUCACCUGCUCUAAGGCCAUCAAGCUCUUCCUGGAGAACUAUGAGCUGAUCCUGCGUGAGGGCACCCACAAGGUGGUGCAGAGGGGGCCGGGCAGAGACCUGCCGUACAAGGUCCGGUACACGGGCGUCUACCUGACUGUCGAGACCCGCAGCGGCAUGGUGGUGUCCUGGGACCGAAAGACCAGCGUGUUCAUCCGACUACAGCAGGGCUACAAGGGCCGGGUCUGCGGGCUGUGCGGGAACUUUGACGACAAUGCCGUCAAUGACUUCACCACGAGGAGCCAGUCCGUGGUGGGCAACGCCCUGGAGUUUGGCAACAGCUGGAAAUUCUCCCCGUCCUGCGCCGACGCCCCGGCCCCCAGGGACGCCUGCGCCGCCAACCCGCACCGCAAGUCCUGGGCCCAGAAGCAGUGCAGUGUCCUCAACAGCGCCACCUUCGCCGCCUGCCAUUCUCAGGUCGACUCCACCAAGUAUUACGAGGCCUGCGUGGGCGACACCUGUGCCUGUGACUCCGGGGGCGACUGUGAGUGUCUCUGCACGGCCGUGGCCGCCUACGCCCAGGCCUGCCGCGACGUGGGCGUGUGCGUGUCCUGGCGGACCCCGGACAUCUGCCCCUUGUUCUGCGACUACUACAACCGCGAGGGCCAGUGCGAGUGGCACUACCAGCCGUGCGGCCCGCCCUGCAUGAGGACCUGCCGGAACCCGAGCGGCCGCUGCCUGACCGAACUGCCGGGCCUGGAAGGCUGCUACCCAAAGUGCCCGCCCAGCGAGCCGUUCUUCAACGAGGACCAGAUGAAGUGCGUGGCCCAGUGCGGCUGCUACGAUGAGGACGGGAACUACCACGACGUGGGCGCGAGGGUCCCCACGGCAGGGAACUGCCAGAGCUGUGAAUGCACGGCCGGCGGCCUCCGGUGCGCGCACAGCCUCGAAGCGUGCACCUGCACCUACGAGGGCAGGACCUACCAUUUCGAGGACGUCAUCUACAACACGACUGACGGGCUCGGUGCCUGUUUGAUCGCCAUCUGUGGAAACAAUGGGACCAUCAUUCGGAGGGCUGUGGAAUGUCCCGGAACCCCGUCCACGACACCCUUCACCUUCACCACCACCGUGACACCCCUCUCCACAACAGGCUCGGUCCCCACCUCCUCCACCGUGUGUGUGCGAGAAGUGUGCUAUUGGUCCGGCUGGCAUGACAGCAGCCAUCCAGAGCCUGGCCUGCCAGGUGGAGACUUUGAGACGUUUGUGAACCUGAGGCAGAGGGGCCAUGAGGUCUGCCCAGCCCCAGUGGCCAUUGAGUGCCGGGCACAGAAAUUCCCCCACGUCCCGCUGCAGCUCCUGGGCCAGAAAGUGGAGUGUGACGUGGCCCGGGGGCUGACUUGCCUCAACGGUGAGCAGAGCCACCAGCUAUGCUAUAACUAUGAGCUGCAAGUCCUCUGCUGUGACCACGUGCCCUGUGGCACCUCCCCUGCUGCCACCACCCAGCAGCCACCGGUCAGCUCCCUGUCUGGCCCCACCUUCCAGUCCACGGGGGCCCCCACCCUCCAUCCACGCUGGCCCCCCACCGUCCAGUCCACGGGGGCCACAACCACGACAGGGACCCGGACACUAAGCUCCUCGGCCUCGGCCACCACCGCCUGUCAGCCCCGGUGUUGGUGGACAGAGUGGUUCGAUGAGGACUACCCCAAGUCCGAGGAGGCCGGGGGGGACGUUGAGUCGUAUGACAAGAUCAGGAGGGCGGGAGGGGCCGUGUGCGAGCAUCCGGAGGACAUCGAGUGCCAGGCCAAGAUCUUCCCCGGCAGGAGCCCCGCAGAGCUGGGCCAGCACGUGCACUGCGACCCCAGCUUCGGCCUGGUGUGCAGGAACGAGGAGCAGGCGGGCCUGUUCAAGAUGUGCUACAACUACAGGAUCCGUGUGCUCUGCUGCAGCCGCGACCACUGUGCAGGGCCCACCGCCACCGCCGCCACCACCGCCGGGCCGUGGACUCGGACGAGCCCGCGGGGGACCCCGUGGCGCCCCUCGACGGGACCCACCCUGGCGUCAGGGACGACACCCACCCAUGUGGCUCCCACAGUCACAAGAGCAGCGGGCGCAACCGGCACCGGCACCAUCAGCCCACCGUCCACAGAGACGACCACGCCAACGACAAAGACGUCGCCAGGAAUCCCGGGAACCGGGCCCACCACCGGCCAGGGCACGACCGGCUGUCAGCCCCAGUGCGAGUGGACAGACUGGUUUGACGUGGACUUCCCGACCUCAGGGGUGGAGGGCGGGGACAUGGAGACCUUCGACAACAUCAGGGCUGCCGGGGGCAAGCUGUGCUGGGAGCCCAAGGACGUACAGUGCCGGGCAGAGAGCUACCCCGAGGUCAGCAUCGACCAGAUCGGGCAGGUGAUCAGCUGCAGCCUGCAGACAGGGCUGGUCUGUAGGAACGCGGACCAGAAGGGCCAGUUCAACAUGUGCUUCAACUAUAACGUCCGGGCGCUCUGCUGCCAGCCCUCCCCCUACUGCCCCACCUCCGCGGCCCCCAGCACCAGCAGCACUGCCGCUGGGGCUGUGACGUCACCGGGACCAGGGGCCGCCACCAGAGCAGUAACCCGGUCCCAGGCCUCUUCCCCCAGGAACACCCCGAUGGUUACUGUCCCCACCUCCCAGACAGGUCCCUCCUCCCCCGGGACCACCCAGACCCUUCCUCCUUUGUCUGGGACCACCCAGAUUCUUCCUUCUUCCCCCAGGACCACCCAGAUCACUCCUUCUUCUGGAACCACCUGGAGAGUCACUGUCCCCACCUCCCAGACAGUUCCUUCCUCCCCCUGGACCACCCAGACCCUUCCUCCGUUGUCUGGGAACAUCCAGAUCCUUCCUUCCUCCCAAAGGACCACCCAGAGGGUCUCUGUCCCCACCUCCCAGCCAGGUCCCUCCUCCCCUCGGACCACCCAGACCCUUUCUCCUUCUUCUGGGACGACCCAGAUCCUUCCUUCCUCCCCCAGGACCACCCAGACCCUUCCCCCUUCUUCUGGGACCACCUGGAGGGUCAGUGUCCCCACCUCCCAGCCAGGUCCCUCCUCCCCCCAGACCACCCAGAGACUCUCUGUGGCCACCGGCCAGACGCUUCCUCCCUCUGCCAGGAUCACAGAGAGGGUCUCCAGCCCCAGCCCCUCCUCCUCUACGGGCAUCCCCACGACGACCAGCAAGCCCACCUCAGCCCACGCACCCACCACGGUCCCUGUGGUGACCUCCAGUGGGCGGGCCACCCCCUGGUCCCGGCCCAGCAGGCCCACCUCCAGGACCACGCCGCUCUCCACAGCCCCACAGUCCGCCUCCACCAGGCACACGCUGGCCCCCUCAUCCUCCCCGGGCUGCAGGCCACGGUGCGCGUGGACAGACUGGUUCGACGAGGACUACCCCAUACCGGGCCCCGACGGCGGGGACUUCGAGACCUUCGCGGUCUGGCGCUUGGCCGGGCACGUCUUCUGUGACCGGCCCCGGGACAUCGAGUGCCGAUCAGAGAAGGUGCCCGAUGCGCCCCUGGAGGAGGUGGGGCAGGUGGUCCAGUGCAACGUGAGCUUUGGGCUGGUGUGCCGCAACCGCGAGCAGCCGGGGCCCCUGCCCUACUGUCACAACUUCCACGCGCGACUGCUCUGCUGUGAGGACUACAGCCACUGCGCCACCACCCCCGCCACCACCGCGGCCCCCUCCCUAUCCCCGAAGACCUCCCGUACCUCGGCGAUGCCCACCACCACGCCCACCACUGUCUCCCGCUCCCCGCCCGGCACCCGGGUCAGUGCGUCCCCGACGUGGCGCACCGAGACCUCGUCCGGCCUCCCCGGCACCGUGCCCAGCACCGCCGGGGCCACCUCCAGCACCAGGACCUCCCUACCGCCCCCCACGACCGAGGCCACCAGCUCCCCGCCGAGCACCGCCCUGGGCUCCUCCACAGUCGCCUCCACGGCCACGUCACCAGCAGUCGGGUCCACGGCCUGCGAGCCUCGCUGUGCCUGGACGGAUUGGCUAGACGAGAGUUAUCCGGUGCCAGGGGCCUCCGGUGGGGACUUUGAGACGUAUGCCAACAUCCGGGCGGCCGGCAAAGCCAUCUGCAAGCGGCCCCUGGACCUGGAGUGUCGGGCCGAGCUGCUGCCCGACGUGCCCCUGCAGGAGCUGGGCCAGGUAGUGCAGUGCAGGCUGGGCGAGGGUCUGGUGUGCCACAAUCGUGACCAGGUUGGCCGGUUCAAGAUGUGCCUCAACUACCACAUCCGCGUGCUCUGCUGUGACGACUACAGCCACUGUCCCAGCACCCUGGCCACCACUACGAUGACCCCCCGGGCCACCAGCCCGGGUCCGACCCCCACACUGGCUGCCAGUACCACCGUCUGGUCCCCGACGACCCCCAGUCCUACAGCGCCCAGCACGGGCCACACCGCGGCCACCUCCCCGUGCCAGCCCGCCUGCCGCUGGACGGGCUGGCUGGACAGUGACCAGCCCCUGCCCGGCCGCUUCGGGGGCGACAUUGAGACCUACUACCACAUCCAGGACACGGGCGGCCAGCUCUGCGCGGAUCCCGAGGCCAUCGAGUGCCAGGCCGUCCUCUUCCCGGACGUGCCCUUGGAGCAGCUGGGCCAGGUGCUACGAUGUGACGUCAACUACGGACUCAUCUGCAGGAACAACCGGCAGAGAGGAGGCCAGACUUGCCUCAACUACCACAUCCGCGUGCUCUGCUGUGACGACUACAGCCACUGUGCCAGCUCUGCGGUCCCUGAGCCCACCAGCAGCAGCAGCAGCACAGGACAAAAGGUUCCUGGGCCGCGGACGACGGCCACGCACCCCUCCUCCCCUGCCACCACCCGGAGGGUCACUGUCCCCACCACCCAGACCAUUCCUCCUUCCUCUGUGACCACCCAGACCCUUCCUUCUUCCCCUGGGACCACCAAAACCCUUCCUCCUUCCUCUGGGACCACCCAGACCCUUUUUACCUCCCCUGGGACCACCCAGACCCUCCCUUCUUCCGGUGGGACCACCCAGACCCUUUUUACCUCCCCUGGGACCACCCAGACCCUUCCUUCUUCCCCUGGGACCACCAAAACCCUUCCUCCUUCCUCUGGGACCACCCAGACCCCUCCUCCUUCCUCUGGGACCACCCAGACCCUUCCUUCUUCCCCUGGGACCACGCAGACACUUCCUUCUUCCCCUGGGACCACCCAGAGCCUUUCUGUUUCCUCUGGGACCACCCAGAUCCUUCCUUCCUCCCAAAGGACCACCCAGAGGGUCUCUGUCCCCACCUCCCAGCCAGGUCCCUCCUCCCCUCGGACCACCCAGACCCUUUCUCCUUCUUCUGGGAUGACCCAGAUCCUUCCUUCUUCCCCCAGGACCACCCAGGCCCCUCCUUCUUCUGGGACCACCUGGAGGGUCACUCUCCCCACCUCUCAGACAGGUCCUUCCUCCCCCAGGACCACCCAGACCCUUCCCCCUUCUUCUGGGACCACCUGGAGGGUCAGUGUCCCCACCUCCCAGCCAGGUCCCUCCUCCCCCCAGACCACCCAGAGACUCUCUGUGGCCACCGGCCAGACGCUUCCUCCCUCUGCCAGGAUCACAGAGAGGGUCUCCAGCCCCAGCCCCUCCUCCUCUACGGGCAUCCCCACGACGACCAGCAAGCCCACCUCAGCCCACGCACCCACCACGGUCCCUGUGGUGACCUCCAGUGGGCGGGCCACCCCCUGGUCCCGGCCCAGCAGGCCCACCUCCAGGACCACGCCGCUCUCCACAGCCCCACAGUCCGCCUCCACCAGGCACACGCUGGCCCCCUCAUCCUCCCCGGGCUGCAGGCCACGGUGCGCGUGGACAGACUGGUUCGACGAGGACUACCCCAUACCGGGCCCCGACGGCGGGGACUUCGAGACCUUCGCGGUCUGGCGCUUGGCCGGGCACGUCUUCUGUGACCGGCCCCGGGACAUCGAGUGCCGAUCAGAGAAGGUGCCCGAUGCGCCCCUGGAGGAGGUGGGGCAGGUGGUCCAGUGCAACGUGAGCUUUGGGCUGCUGUGCCGCAACCGCGAGCAGCCGGGGCCCCUGCCCUACUGUCACAACUUCCACGCGCGACUGCUCUGCUGUGAGGACUACAGCCACUGCGCCACCACCCCCGCCACCACCGCGGCCCCCUCCCUAUCCCCGAAGACCUCCCGUACCUCGGCGAUGCCCACCACCACGCCCACCACUGUCUCCCGCUCCCCGCCCGGCACCCGGGUCAGUGCGUCCCCGACGUGGCGCACCGAGACCUCGUCCGGCCUCCCCGGCACCGUGCCCAGCACCGCCGGGGCCACCUCCAGCACCAGGACCUCCCUACCGCCCCCCACGACCGAGGCCACCAGCUCCCCGCUGAGCACCGCCCUGGGCUCCUCCACAGUCGCCUCCACGGCCACGUCACCAGCAGUCGGGUCCACGGCCUGCGAGCCUCGCUGUGCCUGGACGGAUUGGCUAGACGAGAGUUAUCCGGUGCCAGGGGCCUCCGGUGGGGACUUUGAGACGUAUGCCAACAUCCGGGCGGCCGGCAAAGCCAUCUGCAAGCGGCCCCUGGACCUGGAGUGUCGGGCCGAGCUGCUGCCCGACGUGCCCCUGCAGGAGCUGGGCCAGGUAGUGCAGUGCAGGCUGGGCGAGGGUCUGGUGUGCCACAAUCGUGACCAGGUUGGCCGGUUCAAGAUGUGCCUCAACUACCACAUCCGCGUGCUCUGCUGUGACGACUACAGCCACUGUCCCAGCACCCUGGCCACCACUACGAUGACCCCCCGGGCCACCAGCCCGGGUCCGACCCCCACACUGGCUGCCAGUACCACCGUCUGGUCCCCGACGACCCCCAGUCCUACAGCGCCCAGCACGGGCCACACCGCGGCCACCUCCCCGUGCCAGCCCGCCUGCCGCUGGACGGGCUGGCUGGACAGUGACCAGCCCCUGCCCGGCCGCUUCGGGGGCGACAUUGAGACCUACUACCACAUCCAGGACACGGGCGGCCAGCUCUGCGCGGAUCCCGAGGCCAUCGAGUGCCAGGCCGUCCUCUUCCCGGACGUGCCCUUGGAGCAGCUGGGCCAGGUGCUACGAUGUGACGUCAACUACGGACUCAUCUGCAGGAACAACCGGCAGAGAGGAGGCCAGACUUGCCUCAACUACCACAUCCGCGUGCUCUGCUGUGACGACUACAGCCACUGUGCCAGCUCUGCGGUCCCUGAGCCCACCAGCAGCAGCAGCAGCACAGGACAAAGGUCAUCGCAGGUUCCUGGGCCGCGGACGACGGCCACGCACCCCUCCUCCCCUGCCACCACCCGGAGGGUCACUGUCCCCACCACCCAGACCGUUCCUCCUUCCUCUGUGACCACCCAGACCCUUCCUUCUUCCCCUGGGACCACCAAAACCCUUCCUCCUUCCUCUGGGACCACCCAGACCCUUUUUACCUCCCCUGGGACCACCCAGACCCUCCCUUCUUCCGGUGGGACCACCCAGACCCUUUUUACCUCCCCUGGGACCACCCAGACCCUUCCUUCUUCCCCUGGGACCACCAAAACCCUUCCUCCUUCCUCUGGGACCACCCAGACCCCUCCUCCUUCCUCUGGGACCACCCAGACCCUUCCUUCUUCCCCUGGGACCACCCAGACACUUCCUUCUUCCCCUGGGACCACCCAGACCCUUUUUACUUCCCCUGGGACCACCCAGAGCCUUUCUGUUUCCUCUGGGACCACCCAGAUCCUUCCUUCCUCCCAAAGGACCACCCAGAGGGUCUCUGUCCCCACCUCCCAGCCAGGUCCCUCCUCCCCUCGGACCACCCAGACCCUUUCUCCUUCUUCUGGGACGACCCAGAUCCUUCCUUCUUCCCCCAGGACCACCCAGGCCCCUCCUUCUUCUGGGACCACCUGGAGGGUCACUCUCCCCACCUCUCAGACAGGUCCUUCCUCCCCCAGGACCACCCAGACCCUUCCCCCUUCUUCUGGGACCACCUGGAGGGUCAGUGUCCCCACCUCCCAGCCAGGUCCCUCCUCCCCCCAGACCACCCAGAGACUCUCUGUGGCCACCGGCCAGACGCUUCCUCCCUCUGCCAGGAUCACAGAGAGGGUCUCCAGCCCCAGCCCCUCCUCCUCUACGGGCAUCCCCACGACGACCAGCAAGCCCACCUCAGCCCACGCACCCACCACGGUCCCUGUGGUGACCUCCAGUGGGCGGGCCACCCCCUGGUCCCGGCCCAGCAGGCCCACCUCCAGGACCACGCCGCUCUCCACAGCCCCACAGUCCGCCUCCACCAGGCACACGCUGGCCCCCUCAUCCUCCCCGGGCUGCAGGCCACGGUGCGCGUGGACAGACUGGUUCGACGAGGACUACCCCAUACCGGGCCCCGACGGCGGGGACUUCGAGACCUUCGCGGUCUGGCGCUUGGCCGGGCACGUCUUCUGUGACCGGCCCCGGGACAUCGAGUGCCGAUCAGAGAAGGUGCCCGAUGCGCCCCUGGAGGAGGUGGGGCAGGUGGUCCAGUGCAACGUGAGCUUUGGGCUGCUGUGCCGCAACCGCGAGCAGCCGGGGCCCCUGCCCUACUGUCACAACUUCCACGCGCGACUGCUCUGCUGUGAGGACUACAGCCACUGCGCCACCACCCCCGCCACCACCGCGGCCCCCUCCCUAUCCCCGAAGACCUCCCGUACCUCGGCGAUGCCCACCACCACGCCCACCACUGUCUCCCGCUCCCCGCCCGGCACCCGGGUCAGUGCGUCCCCGACGUGGCGCACCGAGACCUCGUCCGGCCUCCCCGGCACCGUGCCCAGCACCGCCGGGGCCACCUCCAGCACCAGGACCACCCUACCGCCCCCCACGACCGAGGCCACCAGCUCCCCGCCGAGCACCGCCCCGGGCCCCUCCCCGGCUGCCUCCACGUCCCUGCCUGUCAUGGUGUGGACCUCAUCCACCUCCGUGGUCACCACCCCAAGGCCCCCAGCAUCCAGCAGCACACACUUCACCACCGGCUGCCUCUGCCGGGCAUACGGGCAGCUCUUCUCUCCCGGGGAUGUGGUCUACAACAAGACGGACAGUGCGGGCUGCCACUUCUCUGCCAUCUGCAACCAGCGCUGUGACAUUGACCGCUUCCAGAGCACCUGCCCCACCUCCUCACCCCCAGCAUCCUCAGCCCCCCUGUCCCCCUCCUCUGCAGCUCCUCCCUGCGACCUCCUUGUCCCUCCCCGACAGGUGAACGAGUCCUGGACCCUGCCGGACUGCACGGUGGCCCGGUGUGAAGGCAACAACCGCAUGGUGCUUCUGGAGCGGAAGUCAGCGGCCAGUGUGAGCUGCGUGAAUGGGCAUCGGCCAGUCAGAGUGUGGCAGGGGAGCGAGCCGUGUGACUUCCGUUUUGAGUGCGAGUGCUUGUGCAGUGGCUGGGGUAACUCUCACUACAACACCUUUGACGGCACCUCCUACUCCUUCGUGGACAACUGCACCCACGUGCUCAUGCGGGAGAUCCGUCCGCGCCACGGGAACCUCAGCAUCUACAUGCACAACUACUACUGUGGGGCCACCUCAGCCACUGCCCAGUGUCCCCGCGCCCUCAGCACCCGCUAUAAGUCCACGGAGGUCAUCCUCACCACCAGCACCGGCGCCAACGGGCAGGAGGAGCCCCUGAUAUUGUUUGACCGAAAGCAAGUGAGCCCGGGCUUUGCAAAGAAUGGCGUGAGCGUGUCCGUGACAGGCACCACCACGAUGGGCAUCGACAUUCCUGCCCUUAAUGUCAGCAUCAGCUUCGACGGGCACGUCUUCCAGGUCCGGCUGCCCUACACCCACUUCAGCCACAACACGGAGGGCCAGUGCGGCACCUGCACCAACAGCCAGACAGACGACUGCCGCCAGCCAGACGGCACCACCGCCCCCACCUGCCAAGACAUGGCCCAUACCUGGCUGGUCAGGGAGAGCAGCAGGGAGGACUGUGGGGCACCCACCCCCCAGCCCCCGGUCCCCGCCACGCCCACCUCCUCCCCAUGCCCCCCAGCACCUCUCUGUGAGCUGUUGCUGAGCCCGGUCUUCGCAGAGUGCCACGGCCUCAUCCCGCCGGGCCCGUUCUUCAGCUCCUGCAUCAGUGAUGGCUGCCAAGCCGACCGCCAGGCGCCCUGCAAGAGCCUGGAGGCCUACGCAGCGCUCUGCCGUGCCCAGGGCGUGUGCAGCAGCUGGCGUGACGCCACCGGCGGGCUGUGCAACUUCACCUGUCCGUCCGGCAAGGUGUACCAGCCGUGUGGCCCCGCACAGCCCGUGUCCUGCGACUCCAGGCGCCAGAGCAAGGUGGGCAAGGGGCUGGCGGAAGGCUGCUUCUGCCCGGAUGGACACACCCUCUUCAACACGCACACAAACGUCUGCGUGCGCGAGUGCGGCUGUGUGGGACCAGACGGGUUUCCCAAAUCUCCCGGGGAGCGGUGGGUCAGCAACUGCCAGGACUGCGUGUGUCACGAGGGCUCCCUGUCGGUGCGGUGCACGCCCGUGCUGUGCGAAGCCCGGGACCGGCCCCUGCAGUGCAGCCGGGCGGGCCUGGUGACUGUGACCAGGCCUGUGGCUGACAAGCCGUGCUGCCUGGAGACGCUGUGCGUCUGCAACACGACCACCUGCCCCCAGAGCCCACCCAAAUGUGUGCCGGGAGAGGAGCUGGUGGCCACCCAGGAGGAGGGCGACUGCUGCCCCACCUUCAGCUGCCGACCUAAGCUGUGCACCUACAAUGGCACUGCCUAUGGGAUCGGUGCAACCUUCCCAGCGGUCACUCCCUGCCACACAUGCACCUGCCUGUCCGUGGACACCCAGCACCCAACGGUGCAGUGUAAGGAGGACAACUGUAGCACCACCUGCCCCCAGGGCUUCCAGUACCAGAAGGUGGAGGGACAGUGCUGUGGGGAGUGCGUGCAGACAGCGUGUCUCACGCCGGACGGCCGGCUGGUCCAGCCCAACGAGACCUGGGUCAGCAGCCUCGUGGACAACUGCACAGAGUACCGCUGCGACGCCAAGAACGGGCUCCACGUGCUCACCCUGAGGCCGCUGCCUUGCCUGGACCCGUCCAGCUGCAAGGGCAUCCUCAGGAAAACUGGCUGCUGCUACUCCUGUGAGGAAGUGGACUCCUGCCAAGUCCGGGUCAACAGGACGGUCCUGAGACACCAGGGCUGCGCCACCCAGGCCCCGGUCAACGUCACCUUCUGCGAGGGCUCGUGCCCAGGAGUGUCCAAGUUCUCCAUGGAGGCCCAGGCCAUGCAGCGUCAGUGCACCUGCUGCCAGGAGACAAGGGUUCACGAGCAGGUGGUGACCAUGCAGUGUCCCGAUGGGACAGCGGUCCAGCACACCUACACCCACGUGGACGAGUGCAGCUGUGCUGCGUCCUGCGUCCCUGCUCCCGAGGCUCCCGAGGACAGCACCCCCAUCUUCUCGAUCUAGGGGUCCACCACUGGCUGUUGCCAUUGUGACCCCAUCCCACAAGCUCCCUCCCUCCCCCUCCGGAGCCAGAACACUCACUACCCAACCGCGGACAGCCGGGCCAGCCUGCUGCAGGAGUCCGAGCACACCCUCCACCCGUGCCCUCGCGACACCUGCGCCCUGGAGGUGGUGGUGCCAUGACGGCCUGCCUGAGGGGGGCUCCAGGAGGGGGCCUUGCCCUCGGAGCCACUUCAGCACGUCUUGGCCACCUGCCUGGCCAUCAGGGCCGACCCCUCAUUUGAGACACAAGCGCCUGCUCCGUCCGGACUCGCCCCCUUCUUGGUGUCAGAGGUGUGCCCCAUAGCAAAGUGCGCAUCAGCUGCCAUGCUGCUCCCCGCACUGUGGGCCUGAGUGCCCCCCUCCUGCCCCCCGCUGCUCCUCAAAGCCCCGGGGAACAGAUUCCUGCUGGCCACCUCCUGCAGCAGAAUUCAGGCUGAGGCCCGUCCAGGCAAGGCCAGGCCGGCAGCCUCCAGGGAGCGGUGCCAGGCAGGCCCAUGUCUGGACCCAGGCGUGGGGUUACCAUGGCCGACAGGAGGGCCCCGGGCAGGGGUGGGGGGCGUCGGAGCUCCCUCUGCUCACUCCGCCCCGAUCUUGCAAAUAAACGCUGAGCAU